AUGGAGGUUGAGGCGUGUAGGGCGGGGCUUUUAUUUGGUAUUCACCAAGGAUGGUUGGAAGUGGAAAUUGAAAGCAACUCUAUCCUUUUGAUUGCAGCCCUAAAAAGAGAGGAGAUUGACCUUUCUGAGGUUGGUCAGGUUGUGGAUGACUGUAAGGCUUAUAUGGCUGCUUUUCAGGUAGUCCAGGUCCGACAUAUAUUCAGAGAAGCAAAUGGUGUAGUAGAUCGAUUGGCUCACCUUGCUAGGAGAGGGAUGCUUGAUGAUGUAUGGUUAGGAGAAACUCCUGCUAUUAUUCAAGAUGUACUCUACGAGGAUAUUAGUCAUUUGUAUGCUGUGGCUCGGGGUCCAGAUAGAGAUAAAAAGUAA